AUGUUGGCAUCUCGUCAGCUCCUGGGCAAUGUUGCCCGGAGCCGUGCCGCCGCCGGCCUGCCUCUGCGGCGAACCAUGGCCACCGUCACAGAUUCUCCUCUCGACCGCAAGGUCAGGCAAAACAACUGGGAAGAGGGCAACUUCAUCAACUACAAGAAGAUGUCCGAGAACCUUGCUAUCGUCCGCGCAAGACUCAACCGACCCCUCACAUACGGCGAGAAGAUCCUGUACUCUCACCUGGACGACCCAGAAGGCCAGGAUAUCGAACGCGGCAGCUCCUACCUGAAACUGCGGCCCGACCGCGUUGCCUGCCAGGAUGCCACCGCCCAGAUGGCUAUUCUGCAGUUCAUGUCCGCCGGCAUGCCCCAGGUCGCAAACCCCUCCACGGUUCACUGUGACCACCUGAUCGAGGCCCAGGUUGGCAACGAGAAGGAUCUGGCCCGCGCCGUGAGCAUCAACAAGGAGGUCUACGACUUCCUCUCGUCCGCCUGCGCAAAGUACAACAUUGGUUUCUGGAAGCCCGGCUCUGGUAUCAUCCACCAGAUCCUGCUCGAGAACUAUGCCUUCCCCGGUGGUCUGCUCAUCGGCACCGACUCCCACACCCCCAACGCCGGUGGUCUCGGCAUGUGCGCUAUCGGUGUUGGCGGUGCCGAUGCUGUCGAUGUCAUGGCCAACCUGCCCUGGGAGCUCAAGGCCCCCAAGUUCAUCGGUGUCAAGCUGACCGGCCAGAUGUCCGGCUGGACCUCAGCAAAGGACAUUAUCCUCAAGGUCGCCGGCAUUCUCACUGUCAAAGGCGGCACGGGGGCGAUUUUGGAUUAUUUCCGACCCGGUGUUGACAGCAUCUCAGCGACGGGUAUGGGCACAAUCUGCAACAUGGGUGCUGAAAUCGGCGCGACAACCUCCAUCUUCCCCUUCAAUGAGAGCAUGUACAAGUAUCUGGAGGCUACCAAGCGCAAGGAGAUUGGUGACUUUGCCCGGACUUAUGCCAAAGACCUCCGCGAGGACGAGGGUGCCGAGUAUGACCAGCUGAUCGAGAUCAACCUGUCCGAGCUCGAGCCUCACAUUAACGGCCCCUUCACUCCCGAUCUGGCUACGCCUAUCUCCAAGUUCAGCCAGGCUGUCAAGGACAACGGCUGGCCCGAGGAGCUCAAGGUUGGCCUCAUCGGCUCCUGCACCAACUCCUCGUAUGAAGACAUGUCUCGCGCUGCCGCGAUCGCCCGUGACGCCCUUGACCACGGUCUCAAGUCCAAGGCCAUCUUCACUGUCACCCCUGGCUCUGAGCAGAUUCGUGCUACCAUUGCUCGCGAUGGUCAGCUUGAGACCUUUGAGGAGUACGGCGGCAUCGUUCUUGCCAAUGCUUGUGGUCCUUGCAUUGGACAGUGGGAUCGUCGCGAUGUUGAGAAGGGCACAGCCAACUCCAUCGUCUCGUCCUACAACCGAAACUUCACUGGCCGGAACGACGGCAACCCCGCCACUCACUCCUUCGUCACCUCCCCCGACCUGGUUGUCGCCAUGACCGUUGCUGGCUCUCUGCACUUCAACCCGCUGACCGACACCCUGAAGGACAAGGACGGCAAGGAGUUCAAACUGAAGCCCCCUACUGGUGAUGGCCUCCCGACCCGGGGCUACGACCCAGGCAUGGACACCUACCAGGCACCUCCCAAGGAUCGUGCCGCCGUCGAGGUCAAGGUCGCACCUUCUUCCGACCGUCUUCAGAUCCUGUCACCAUUCAAUGCCUGGGAUGGCAAGGACGCUACCGACCUGCCUAUCCUUAUCAAGACCCAGGGCAAGACCACCACCGAUCACAUCUCAAUGGCUGGCCCCUGGUUGAAGUACCGCGGUCACUUGGACAACAUCUCCAACAACAUGCUGAUCGGCGCCAUCAACGCUGCCAAUGGUGAGGCCAACAAGGUUUGCAACCAGACCAAUGGCGAGUGGGAUGCCGUUCCUGCUGUUGCCCGUGACUACAAGGCCAAGGGCAUCCGGUGGGUCGUCAUUGGAGACUGGAACUACGGUGAGGGUUCUUCGCGUGAGCACGCUGCUCUUGAGCCCCGCCACCUUGGUGGCCUUGCCAUCAUCACCCGAUCCUUUGCCCGUAUUCACGAGACGAAUCUGAAGAAGCAGGGCAUGCUGCCCCUGACCUUCUCUGACCCCGCCGACUACGACAAGAUUCCUACGGAUGCCAAGGUCGACAUCAAGGCCACCGAGCUCGAGCCCGGCAAGCCCAUUACUAUGGUCGUCAAGCCCAAGGACGGCAAGGCCUUCGAGAUUAAGCUGUCGCACACGUUCAACGCCGGUCAGAUCGAGUGGUUCAAGAACGGCAGUGCUCUGAACACGAUGGCCAAGAACAACAAGUAA